AUGAGCCGGAAUCUCGCUCACAUUCCAAUUUGUGCUGCGGGCGACUCACGGUCAGAUCCAUACACCUGCUGCGCACUGAGCUGCACAAUUUAUUUUUCGCCCUGUGGUAGUAAAGACAGAAGUAUAACGCGUCGCAAGUUUCAAAAACGCCAAGGAGAUUGUGCCGACGUGGGAACACGACCGCUCGCACUUCGUUUCACAUAG